AAAUGUGUUUAUUUUCGUAACUCGUUUGAUCUUCGAGAGUACAUCUAGAUAUAGUAAAAAGUAGAGUAUUGCGUUUUAAUUCUAUGUCGGUUUAUGUAACCGACAUAGAAUUAAAACGCAAUACUCUAAUAUACUCGUAAUAAUACACAUAAGUGUCAGGAAAAUUUAUGUUAAUUUAAACAUUUAGCCUCGUGCCCUAAUUAACUAAUAAACUUUUUUCACGCCUUAACACAUUAUUACUAGCUAAUUUUUAAAAUCGAAUCAUUUAUGAACCGUUACGAGAACAUUUCAUAAAUUCUAAGCGAAGAGUGCACACAAAUAUGUUACUUUUAAUUUUGUACACAUUUUUAAUAUUUAAUUUAUCUUAUUUUACGCUUGCCUUAUCUGACGUAAGUGAUUCACUCAUCUUUACUUUCUCCAAUUUCCAACCGAGUAAUUAAUAUCGCACUGCGAGUAGCAUUGGCUUAUAAUUAUUUUCCAAAGCUUUAAAAAAUAUUUUCAAACCUUCGCCGUCGUUUUGUUUUCUCACACUAUCUGUGUUUCCGGUGGCCGGGAGUCAAGUAGUACCUUACCUAAUAUUACAGGUGCAUUAUCUCAAGUCAAACGACUAUAAUGUAUUUGAGUACACGAAUCUGACAUUCACACACGCGGAGAGCCCGGCGUGGGACCCCGCCAGCGACACACUGUACUGGGUCGACGUGCUCAACCAGGACGUGCACUCCUUGCACUACUACACUAAGAAGCAUAAAGUUAAACAUAUUAGUAAGUAUUAUAAUUACUUUCAAGAGAUUCAUGAUUUUUUAACUAUUUACUAACGCACCUCGUGUCCACCGCGACUGAUUAAGGACUCCGAUUGGGGCUGAAAUUAGUCAGGCGAUCCCGAUAAAUGCGCGUGAGUAAUUGUAUUAGUAAGUGAUGAUACGACGGGAAACUGCGCAAUAUACUGCGCAUAGCCCCUAGCUCUAAUUGAUCGGCUCGAUUACAGCUGAUAUUCGUAGAAUCUAGCCAGUCGAUUGUAUCAAUAUCACAUCACUUUUACAUUAAAAAUCACGUGUUUUUUACUCCCACUGGGCAUAUGCGUUCUCCAUUUAAUAUUAUUGCGAAAGGGCCAUCUUUUCAGGUUAUGGUGAAGUAAACAUAGUCCAGCCAGUAAGGAACAGCAGCCGACUGCUGGUGGGCGUCAGGAACGAACUGUUUCUAAUGGAUUGGAACAAGACAGGAGACUCGGCUCUGAAGUUCGUCGCUACCUUCGAUCAAGGAUUACCUGAAAACAUACUGAACGAAGGGCACAUAGACGCACUCGGGAGAUUUUGGGGAGGCACAAAAGGCCGCCAGUUGGGCGACCGCGUAGCAGCUGAUGAAGGCGCCCUAUACAGCCUGGAAGCUCCUCACUUCAUACCACGAAUCCAACUCAAACCAGUGUCCAUCUCCAACGGACUCGUCUGGUCUCUCAACAACUCCGUCCUUUUCUACAUAGACUCACUUACGAGGACGAUUGAUGCCUUCAAUUUUAACUUAAAGAAAGGGCAAAUAAGUCAUCGACGUCCAAUACUCGAAAUAGGGGAUUACUGGGAGGAGAAAGUGAUUGCGGAUGGAAUGACAAUAGACAAAGAUGGCUUCUUGUGGAUAGCGAUGAUGUUUCAUGGAUGUAUAGUUCGUAUAGACCCCGACCGUCGUGAGAUUGUGGAGAGGUACAAGCUACCAGUCACCCUGGUAACCUCCAUGACCUGGGCAGGCAGACACCUGGACGACCUCAUAGUGACGACGUCGCGACGCAACAUGGACCCAGAGCAACUCGCUAAGGAACCACUCGCUGGAUCUAUUUUCGUUCUACAUAAAAUGGGCACAGCUGGUGCUCAGUCACAUAAAUUUAAUUUUCCUGACGCUGAUGAUUAUUAGAUUAAAAUAUUGUUAAAUAGAUGAUUUAGGAAUAGAACUGAUUUGUACCACCUGUCCCCAUUCUCAUGUAGCUCGAAUCAAAUACGGUUUCAAAACAGAACCAUUUACAUUGUAUUUU